AUGGAUGCUUCUUUGGAGGGUCUAGGAGCAGUAUUGGUGCAGGAUGGUCGUGUGAUUGCAUGUGAGUCACGUAAACUUAAGAAUCAUGAGCAGAAUUAUUCCACCCAUGCUCUUGAGUUAGCAGCAGUGGUGCAUGCUUUGGUUAGAUGGAGGCACUUCCUUCUUGGACAUAGAUUCAAGUUGUAUAGUGAUCACCGCAAUUUGCAGUAUAUCUUCAUGCAGCCGAAUUUGAAUGCUAGGCAGAGAUGUUGGAUUGAGUUCUCGUGCGAGGAUGAAUUUGAGGAGAUUAUUGCAGAGGUUACUGCAGGUAGAGCUCUUGAGGGAAGAUAUGCAGGUUACUCAGUAGAAUUAGAUGGACUUCUUAGGCAUUUUGGAUGCAUUUAUGUUCCACUAUCAGAUGGUCUUCGAGAUUUUAUCGUGUCAGAGGCACAUCAUGCGCCUUACUGGGCACAUCCAGACAGAUUGACCAAAGUAGUGCACUUUUCUCCGAUUAGGUCUUUGUAUAUAGCAACGACAGUAGCUCGAGUUUUCUUGGAGGGAGUUGUGAGGUUGCAUGGUAUUCCUCGGCGGAUCAUAUCAGAUCAUGAUCCAGUGUUCACAUCAGCAUUUUGGAUAGCUCUUUAG